ACUACCCAACGAGUCAAGACUAGGCGCAGAGAAAGUAAAAACUCGCUUAGUUCGUCUUCUUCAGUUAGGCUCCUACUUUUCUGUGCGGAUUCAGUCUAAUCUGCAAAUUGAUCUCCACGAACAUCGAUUAUUCACAUCUCGCGUAUUUUCUUUGGAAAAUCGCCAUCUCUUAGGGUCAUGGCCGGCGUUCCCACCGCUUCAAUGAAACUCCUAUUUGUUGAGAUGGGUGUUGGCUACGAUCAACACGGGCAAGAUAUUACCAAGGCAGCAAUGCGGGCCUGCAGGGAUGCAAUUUCUUCCAAUUCGAUCCCAGCCUUUAGAAGAGGUUCCAUACCAGGAGUCUCAUCUGAGCAGAUGAAUCUACAGAUAAAGUUGGGAGUUCCUCAAACUCUUCAACAAUUCCUAGAUAUUGACAAGGUCAAGUCUGUAUUCCCAUAUGGGCAGAUUGAGAAUAUUGAAGUUGUCGACGGUGGGCUUAUAUGUUCAAGUGGAACUCAAGUCGAAGAAUUGGGAGACAAAAAUGAAGACUGUUACAUUGUCAAUGCAGCCGUUUAUGUUGGCUAUAGCUAGACAUCUUCUUCAACAGGUGAUAAAUCAUAUUUCAAGUUAUAGUUUCAUCAUCAACUAAAACAGAAGAUUAAAUGAUUUGACUUUACAAUUAUGCAUUUGUUGCUUAUUCUGAUUCAACAAAUAAGUUGGACAACACUAACUGAUGGGGGAAGUUGAUGGUGAUGUAGAAAUAGAAAACAGAAACCAUAAAUUGGUU